AUGGAGAAGAACAAUCAUACGGUGACUGAGUUCAUCCUUGUGGGAUUCACAACAGACCCCAAGAUGCAGCUGGUCCUGUUUGUGGUGUUCUUUGGUGUGUACUCCAUGACCCUGGUAGGAAAUACCACCCUCCUAGUGUUGAUCUGUAAUGACUCUCGACUGCACACACCCAUGUAUUUUCUCAUUGGGAAUCUCUCUUUUCUGGAUCUCUGGUACUCCUCUGUGUACACCCCAAAGAUCCUAGUGACCUGCAUUUCUGAAGACAAAAGCAUCUCCUUCACUGGCUGUGCAGUCCAGUUCUUCUUCUCGGCGGGGCUGGCCUACAGCGAGUGCUACCUGCUGGCUGCCAUGGCUUAUGACCGCUAUGCGGCCAUUUCCAGUCCCCUGCUCUAUGCUCAGGUCAUGUCGAGGAGACUCUGUGUCUGUUUGGUUAUAUAUUCCUAUACUGGGGGUUUUGUCAAUGCAAUAAUACUCACCAGCAACACAUUCACGUUGAAUUUUUGUGGUGGUAACAUUAUUGAUGACUUUUUCUGUGAUGUUCCCCCUCUCGUGAAAUUGGCUUGUGACGUGAAAGAGACGUACCAGGAUGUGUUGUACUUCCUCCUGGCCUCCAAUGUCAUCACGCCCACUGUGCUCAUCCUGGCUUCCUACGCCUUCAUCGUCGCUGCCAUCUUGCGAAUUCGCUCCACCCAGGGCCGCCUCAAAGCCUUCUCCACCUGCUUCUCCCACCUGAUCUCUGUCACCUUGUACUGUGGCUCCAUUCUCUACAUCUACUCCCGUCCAAGUUCCAGCUAUUCCCUUGAGAGGGACAAGAUGGUAUCUACAUUUUACACCGUGGUGUUCCCCAUGUUGAACCCCACGAUCUACAGUCUGAGGAAUAAAGAUGUUAAAGAUGCUCUGAAAAAACUCUCCAGGUUCACAUAA